GCAGGACCAAGAGAGCCAGAAACCCUAAAGUACAAUUCCUCCUCAGAGGAAGAAAAAAGAAAGUCAAAGAAAUCUCUUUCAGCGAUUCAAUUGGAAGCAUUUUUAGUGAAAUUAAAAGUUUGAUUACAGAAGCCAGAUAGGGUUGUUGUUGGCCACACUAAAAACAAAACAGAAUUUUUCCUUAGUGGUGAUUAUAAAUGCUAG